CGCAGUAAGAGACGAGAAAGGAAUCGUGCGUCUAGGACUCUAGGUCGUAAGUCGCUGGCAGAGCCGCGUAGACGCAGGGACAGAAAGCAUCAGGUGGUUUAGAGGAACGUGCAAGUGCCGAUUCUGCGGGCGGGCGGAACGACUUCGGCGCCCUGGUGAGGUUUCUACCCGGAAUUAGAGCCGCUUCCGUUGCUCAGCGGAAGUGUGGGGCGGAGAAGGACGACUCGCCGGGAUCCCGCUCGCCGCUGUGUGCACGGCCGGAAUCAUGUCGAGUUUGUCGGUGAGAGACCCGGCCAUGGAUCGGUCGCUGCGUUCCGUGUUCGUGGGGAACAUCCCGUAUGAGGCCACUGAGGAGCAGUUGAAGGACAUUUUCUCGGAGGUGGGUUCCGUUGUCAGUUUCCGGCUCGUGUACGAUAGAGAGACGGGGAAACCCAAGGGUUAUGGCUUCUGCGAGUACCAAGACCAGGAGACCGCGCUUAGUGCCAUGCGGAACCUGAAUGGGCGGGAGUUCAGCGGCCGGGCGCUGCGGGUGGACAAUGCGGCCAGUGAAAAGAACAAGGAGGAGUUGAAGAGCUUGGGGCCUGCGGCCCCCAUCAUUGACUCCCCCUAUGGGGACCCUAUCGACCCGGAGGACGCCCCUGAGUCAAUUACCCGAGCAGUCGCUAGUCUCCCCCCGGAGCAGAUGUUUGAGCUGAUGAAGCAGAUGAAGCUCUGUGUCCAAAACAGCCACCAGGAAGCGCGAAACAUGCUGCUUCAGAACCCGCAACUGGCUUAUGCGCUGUUGCAGGCGCAAGUGGUGAUGAGAAUCAUGGACCCAGAGAUUGCUCUGAAAAUUCUGCAUCGCAAGAUACACGUUACACCGCUGAUCCCAGGCAAAUCUCAGCCUGUGUCUGGUCCUGUCGCUGGUCCUGUCGCUGGCCCCGUCGCUGGCCCCGUCUCUGGCCCUGUCUCUGGCCCUGGCCCUGGCCCUGGGCUCUGCCCAGGACCUAAUGUGUUGCUGAACCAGCAAAACCCUCCAGCUCCUCAGCCCCAGCAUUUGGCUAGAAGACCUGUGAAAGACAUCCCUCCUCUGAUGCAGACCCCUAUCCAGGGUGGAAUUCCGGCCCCGGGGCCCAUGCCAGCUGCAGUUCCUGGACCUGGUUCUUUAACUCCUGGUGGAGCUCUGCAGCCCCAAGUUGGAAUGCCAGUGGUUGGUCCUGUGCCUUUGGAGCGGGGACAGAUGCAGAUGUCGGAUCCUAGAGCUCCUAUGCCACGUGGACCCAUGACUGCUGGUGGACUACCUCCUCGAGGGCUGUUGGGAGAUGCGCCAAAUGACCCGCGUGGAGGGACUUUGCUUUCAGUCACUCACACUGGAGAAGUGGAGCCCAGGGGCUAUCUUGGGCCACCUCAUCAGGGCCCCCCCAUGCACCAUGCCCCUGGUCAUGACGGCCGUGGCCCUUCCUCACAUGAGAUGAGGGGAGGGCCAAUCACGGAUCCUAGAAUGCUAAUUGGAGAGCCCAGAGGACCGAUGAUAGAUCAAAGGGUUCUGCCUCUGGAUGGUAGAGGUAGUAGAGACUCUCGAGGGAUGGAGACCCGAGCCAUGGAAACUGAGGUCUUGGAGGCACGAGUGAUGGAGAGAAGAGGAAUGGAGACCUGUGCAAUGGAAGCCAGGGGCAUGGAGGGAAGAGGAAUGGAGAUACGGGGCCCUGGCCCCAGUUCAAGAGGCCCUAUGACCAGUGGAAUCCAGGGUCCUGGUCCCAUUAAUAUGGGGGCUGGUGGUCCACAGGGACCCAGGCAGGUCCCAAGCAUUUCAGGGGUGGGAAAUCCUGGAGCUGGCAUGCAAGGAGCAGGCAUGCAAGGACCAGGUAUGCAGGGAGCAGGCAUGCAAGGACCAGGUAUGCAGGGAGCAGGUAUGCAGGGACCAGGUAUGCAGGGAGCAGGUAUGCAGGGAGCAGGCAUGCAGGGAGCAGGUAUGCAGGGAGCAGGCAUGCAGGGAGCAAGCAUGCAGGGAGCAAGCAUGCAGGGAGGAGGCAUGCAAGGGGCAGGCAUGCAGGGAACAGGCGUACAGGGGGCAAGCAAGCAAAGUGGAGGCCAGUCUAGCAGUUUUAGUCCUGGGCAGAGCCAAGUAACUCCACAGGAUCAAGAAAAGGCAGCUUUGAUCAUGCAGGUUCUUCAACUGACUGCAGAUCAAAUUGCCAUGCUGCCUCCUGAGCAAAGGCAGAGUAUCCUGAUUUUAAAGGAACAAAUCCAGAAGUCUACUGGAGGUUCUUGAAAUACUUCAUAGUAAUCCCAGAAAGUUUUUUUUUCCUUUUUCUUUUUUCUUUUUAGCAUGGAGAAUGGGUGCAAAAAGCUGACUACUGCAUCCCCCAGUUGAAUGAUUAGGGCAGAACCUAAUCUCUUUUGUUGUUCUUGUCUUUUUUUUUUUUUUUUUUUUUUUUCCUGUUUUCCUUUUUAUUUUUAAUCGGGAGGGGGAAGAAUGGGUCUGUUCACUUUAAUUCACUGUAACUAUACAAAAAUAACUCUGAAAGGGAUACUAUACCAAAUAAGAUUACAAAUAAUAUGCAGCAAUACUAAAAGUGUGUACAAUAUGUUAACUUCUUUUAAAAACAAUAUUAAAUAAAGCAAUGUGAAAUCUUUACAGAAGACGAAAAGAUAACCUGUUAAAAAGAUAAUUUACCAAGAUAGUUUAAGAAUUUUGGUUGUAUAAGAAAACAAGUUUACCUCCAAAAUGUAAGAUCCAUUUUUUGGUAAAUCAGAAUACAAAAACCUAUUUUAGGGGCAAUAGAAAGUUGUGUUAAGUUAAGCAUUCUUUCAGUGUUUUGGAAUUAUUUAGAAAUGUUAGAAUUAACAGGAUAAAUCUAAACUUGUGGUAUUGGGAUUGUUUUUUUCUAAAGCUGUGCUACCUGAAUAUCAAAGAAUGCAUCUGGUGUGAUGUUUCAUUUAUCUCAUCUUUCAGGGGCCAGUGAUAUUCUGGCCUGGCUUGAAAAUGAUACUUUACUGGGACAGUUCUAGGAUUAACCAGUUUACUUAACUCUCCUGUGACAAGACUCAGUAUCUCUCUCCAUACCUUCCUAUGUCUCAGUAACCAUUGGGCCCUAAAUCUAAAUCUGAGUUAUUCUCUCACAUCCUUCCCUAAAAUCAGUGUCUAGGGACCAGUUUAUCUGAGUGAAUUAUAGACCACAUUGGGCUUUUCAUAAAUGGUAAAGGGCUUCCUUCAUGCAGUAAAACUCUGCUUCUAGCUUUUAUAUGCAGAUGCUUCCAUCUGGUCAACCAGAAACAGGAAUUAAAAAUCUUAGUCUCAGCAAUAUUUAACAUACCUUUUAGUUUUCUUAUAUCAAAAUCUAUUUGUGUAUCACCAUCUUAUCAAAAUAAUCCAAUCCCAGGUAGGUAGAUAAAAUCUUGUAGCCUGAAUUCUCUGCUUAGUGGUUAUUAAUCAUUGCUUUUUAUAAGGCAUAAAGCCACUUAGUUCUAGUAUAGGUACCACUGAGACAUAGUUAAAAAUCAGUAGAAAGGUGAAGCUUAUCACAUUUCCUUCAGAGCUACUACCUAAUUUAUUUUGAAGCCUUGAGAAUGUGGACAUAAAAGUAUAGCAUCGACUACUAGUGAACAGAAGUAUAAACACCCAAAUAACCAGGUGUUCUUAACUCUGGAGAAAAACCAACAAAAACUAAUACUAGUUACAGAGGGGGAAAUGUCAUUUAAUACAAGGAGAGAACUGAGACUUGGAAUUGAAUUAUUUUUCCUUUGCAAGGUGUAUACAUCUUAAAUGGGUAUAAAGUUUUCAUCCAUAUGCUGUUUCCACUUACCCAUUUUUUACUGUUGUUUAUACUGUUACUUUUCCUGUGUAUCCUAUAUGCUCCCCCUAGAUUGAAGGGGAUAACUCUACAUGUGAUAGUUCUGUACACUAAUUCACAGAGUUGGCUUGAUCACUUUGAAAUUAUAGUUCCUUUAAAGCUUUCUUUGAAGGACUAAAUGAAAACCAUUAAAUGUUAUGUUCUUUGUUGCAAUAAAAUGUCUGCAUUGUUGAAUGAAGACUUAAUAAAAAGAAUGCACAAUACCUGA